AAGAUUAUUUUGAACAAGAAAUGUAAAAUAAAAUAUUCUACCAGAGCGCACGUGUAUCUUAUUUCCUGUGUAAUGACGUUUACAAGCAAGUAGUGACGUGCAAGAAGACGGCGGCGUCCUUGUCACAAUGGGGACUGUGAAUGCUCACUUGUUAGCCAAUUUAGUGUGAAUAACUGCGGAUUAUUCUAACUGUCGUCUCGUCUAUGUGGCUCAUCCCGUCGCAUACAUGAUAAAGUCCAGCUCAGCGGGUCCAUCCACCUCUUCCCCGCAAACAAUGAAGGAACCCAAGGAGAAUUUGAGUGGCCAAGCAACUCUGGACCACAUCAAGCCAUGCUGGUACUGGGACAAGAAGGACUUAGCCCACACCCCCUCUCAGUCCGAAGGCCUUGACCCUGGCACGGAGGCUCGCUAUAGGAGGGAGGGGGCCCGCUUCAUAUUUGACGUAGGAACCCGCCUCGGCCUACACUAUGACACACUUGCCACCGGCAUCAUAUAUUUCCAUCGCUUCUACAUGUUUCACUCCUUCAAGCAAUUUCCCAGAUACGUGACUGGAGCUUGUUGUCUUUUCCUAGCUGGAAAAGUCGAGGAGACCCCAAAGAAAUGUAAAGAUAUCAUCAAGACGGCCCGGAGCUUACUGAAUGAUGUGCAGUUUGCGCAGUUCGGCGAUGAUCCAAAGGAGGAGGUGAUGGUUCUGGAGAGGAUUUUGCUCCAGACUAUCAAGUUCGACCUGCAGGUGGAGCACCCCUACAUGUUCCUGCUGCGCUACGUCAAGCAGCUUAAAGGGGAGAAGAAUAAAGUCUGCAAGGUGUUACAAAUGGCUUGGACCUUUGUCAAUGACAGCCUCUGCACCAUGCUGUCUCUUCAGUGGGAGCCAGAAAUCAUCGCAGUGGCUGUGAUGUACCUGGCAGGGCGCCUGUGUAAAUUUGACAUCCAGGAGUGGACGGCCAAGCAGUCUUCCCGCCGCUGGUGGGAGCAGUUUGUCCAGGAUGUUCCUGUUGAGCUUCUCGAAGACAUUUGCCACCAGAUCCUGGAUCUGUACUCGCAGGGAAACAAGCCCAUCCCUCAGCAGAUCCAAGAGAAAGAGCGGGCCUCCGCUACUCCGACUUCUGUACCUCCAGUGCCACAGGGACCGCCCCCAGCCUCAAACCCUCCUCCACCACCUCCUAAGAAGACUCCUCCUCAGGUUGGCAGCCCUGCACGCCAACUCAAACGCUCACAUACAUCUCCAAAGGAUGAGCCCAAACCUCCAGAACAAGCCGGGGCAAAGAUCCCCAGACUGGAGAGCCCUAUGCCUCCCCUGCCUGCAUCCCAGCCUCCCCCAGCCCCUCCUGCCGAGGCAGAACCAGGAUGCGAAGCUGCUCCACCGCCUCCACAUGCGCCACCUCCACACCAGCCCCCUCCUUUGCCCCAUCGCCCUCCUCCACCUCCACCCUCCAACUACCUUAUGUCCACUACCAGCUCCUACAUGUCAGGAGAGGGCUACCAAAGCCUGCAGUCCAUGAUGAAGACAGAAGGUCCAGCCUACACCCCCAUGCCACCCAGCUACCCACCUCCAAUCCCGCCGUAUCAUCCACAUGUCUAUCAACCAGCUGCUGCACCACCCCCAGGUCCUCCACCUCCUCCAUCCACCUACCCACCACCCAGUUUGCCCCCAACUUACCCUCCACCAGGCUACAACAGCUACCCACCACCUCCACGUAUGCCCCCGGGCCACGUGCCGCCCCCAGGGAUCACACUUCCUCCUGCUGGGUAUCCUCCUCCACCCCCUGUGCCUCCAGGACAGUCCCAAGUGCCCCUGCCCCCUCCACCUGGAAUGCCCCUCAACCGCGGUGGGUGGAUGAGAUGAGUCUACCAACCCAUAGUUGUUGACUCUAGACUGAACCAACCAGAAGCUUAAGUUUUCUUGUCAACUAAGAGAAGUGAAAUUGGUUUCUCUUCAGCAAAGCUGCAGAUUAUCAGCUGAUGGGGUUGGAAAUGAACUUGACAUGACACGUUGGGUCUGGACAGCAUUGUUGGGAAAACCAGGAGAAACAUUUCUGGUAGGCAUCUUGAAAGCUACUCACUGUGCCCAUAAGAAUCACUGAGAAUGUACCGAGAAACGGCAACAACCUGUUUUCCUCUUAAUGGAUUUGACACAUACAUGUUUAAUGGCCUUGUAAAGACAUGUUCCAGGUUGUUUAGUUUUGUUAUUUGCUUUCUAUCAUUUGAAUCAUGUCUUUUACCUCUGCUGGAUUUCCAGUUGCAUUUUUGUCUUGCAUUCUGUUUCUAACUUUCUUCUUUCAAGUGGUCUCCAGUUCUGGAAAACGGACAUGAGAAAUACAGUAGUCAUUGGUUUAUAGGUUGUUGAACUCUGACCUGUGCUUGUUUUGGCAUAUAAUUUAAUUUGAAAAAUACCGGCUUCAUGUUGCAAACCGUUCUGUGACUAUUAAAAUGUUUAUUUUCA